AAACUAGAAAGGAAUCCAAGAUGACAGCAGCAUCUCUUAGACUUUGACCUGACGGAGUAGUUUUACAUUAGUGACCACCAUGUUGAUGAACCAAACUCAUCUAACCCCACCAGAUAAUAUCCAUGGAUGAUGGAUAUCAAAGCUUUUUCCAUUAUUCCAAACUACCCAAUACAUAAAUUCUACACUCAGAGAGAGAAACUUUGACUUCUAGAUAAAAAAAAAAAUCAGAGUCCUCUGUUGUCUCUGUCUCUGUCUCUAUAUAUAUAUACAUAUAUUAUUAUAAAAUAGUGGAAUGCCUGAUGUGUCCUAUUGGGUUCGUCAGACUCAGAGACGUGAACAUUACGAUGAUAGUUGGCUGCCCUAGAUCGACAUUAGAGAUCAAUAAAGAGCUGUCCCAACAUUAUUGGAGGAUAGGUGGGUUCCGGUUGAUCCAUGGGCCUUAGGACUUCCAAAUUCCACCGUCUUGUCCCUCGAUCCAAACCUUUGCUUCCCAGACAUCUGGACACCACCAUGAAAACAAGGAAAUUUUUUGGGAUUUCUCUCUCUAUAAUUAUCAUCAACCUGGCUGCGAUAAUGGAACGUGCUGAUGAAAAUCUCCUCCCAUCUGUAUACAAAGAAGUCAGUGAAGCUUUUAAUGCUGGUCCAUCUGAUCUUGGGUAUCUCACUUUCAUACGAAACUUUGUGCAGGGACUGUCAUCACCCUUGGCAGGUAUAUUAGUGAUUAACCAUGAUCGCCCUACAGUUCUUGCAAUGGGCACCAUGUGCUGGGCCUUAUCAACAGCUGCAGUGGGUGCGAGCCAGCAGUUUAUGCAAGUUGCAUUCUGGAGAGCAGUAAAUGGCUUUGGACUGGCAAUUGUGAUACCAGCGCUACAGUCUUUCAUAGCUGAUAGCUACUUGGAUGAUGUGAGGGGGGCUGGAUUUGGGUUUCUAAAUCUUGUUGGUACUUUGGGUGGCAUAGGAGGUGGUGUUCUCGCCACAAUUAUGGCAGGUCAUGAGUUCUGGGGCAUACCUGGAUGGCGUUGUGCUUUUGUUAUGAUGGCAGCUUUGAGUGCUCUUAUUGGUUUCCUUGUUUUCAUGUUUGUUGUUGACCCAAGAAGAACAAGUAGCAUUGAUCGUGAUACUGGCGGGAACACUGAUAGGAAUGAUUUGAUUCAUAAGGGCAAUUCCAGUUCAGCAUCAUCACUUUGGUUGGAGUCCUGGACAGCCAUGAAAUCUGUCAUGAGAGUGCAAACAUUUCAAGUCAUUGUCUUACAGGGUGUUGUUGGUUCACUACCAUGGACAGCCAUGGUAUUCUUCACAAUGUGGUUUGAACUGAUUGGUUUUGAUCAUUAUAGUACAGCAGCUCUCCUUAGCCUUUUCGCUGCUGGAUGCGCACUGGGAUCCUUCUUUGGUGGAGUAAUAGCAGAUCGAAUGUCACUGAUCUAUCCUCACUCAGGUCGUAUCAUGUGUGCACAGUUCAGUGCCUCCAUGGGCAUUCCAUUCUCAUUGUUCCUUCUUAGAGUAAUCCCGCAAUCAGUGAGCAGCUAUUCUAUCUUUGCUACCACCCUCAUGCUCAUGGGCCUUACCAUCAGCUGGAAUGCCACUGCUGUAAAUGGCCCCAUGUUUGCCGAGGUGGUCCCUGUUAAACACCGGACCAUGAUUUAUGCAUUUGAUCGUGCCUUUGAAGGUUCCUUCUCCUCUGUUGCUGCUCCAAUUGUUGGAAUUGUUACAGAGAAGAUAUAUGGUUACAAUAAAAAGUCUGUUGAUCCAGUUUUAGGGUCUGCACCAGAGGCUUUGGCAUUGUCAAAAGGGCUCUUUUCAAUGAUGGCAGUGCCAUUCGGUUUGUGUUGUUUGUUUUACACACCUCUGUAUUGGGUUUUCAGACGGGACCGCGAGAAUGCUAGAACGGCCAGUAGUAAAGAGCAAGAGAUGAUGUGACAAGCUCAUGAUUUGAAGUGUUAGGAUUUAGAGUUCCUCGAAAUCAGGGUACCCUAACAAAGCUUCAGUUGCAUUGUAUACUGAUCAGUAUUCAGGCCACCUUUUUUUUUGUAUGCUGAUCCUCUUUCCACUUUGAUGAAGUUUUGUACUAUUGAAACCAGUUUUGCUUGGACACUAAUUUAGCGACUCAUUCUUUGAUCGGGAACUUGGAGUUGAAAGAAAUGAUGAACCUUAUUUUGCACAACAAGGCACAAGCAGGGGACAACAGAUCUCUUAGAAUGCUACUAUUCACUCGAUGUUUCUGUUCUGCUAUUGCGAAUUGUAAUGGCACAAUUAGGUGAUCUUCGACACACUUUUAACAUGUCCCAGAGUACCAUAAAUCAUUCAAAGGUUCCUGUUUUUUCAA